AUGGCCAAAAUAGAUGUCGACGAAGACGUGAAACGAAAUGGCUUCACCACCAAGCUUUACCGAGACAUCUACCCUGCCAUUGACCCUACUCGCCCAGAGCUUGCUCAGUCAGGAAAAGUAGUGGUGAUCACCGGGGGAAGUCGUGGCCUCGGACGCUUGGCCUUUGCAGCCUCCUUUGCUCGAGCUGGAGCAGCAGCCAUCGCACUCAUUGGCCGUUCUGCGAGUGGACUAGCGGAAACUGAGAAAUUCGUCAACGACAUCAAUCCCACGACCAAAGUCCUGCGUUUUGCACUUGAUAUUACCGAUCAGGCUGCCGUGGAAAACGCAUUCAAGGACAUCGUGGCCCAGGUCGGUGUUCCACACGUUCUGAUCAACAAUGCGGGAAAUCUUGCUCCUUUGGAAACCACUCUGGAUUCCACGUUGGAUUCAUGGUGGGAAUGUCAGGAAGUUAACAUCAAAGGAACCUACAUCGUCACCAAAGCCUUCCUGAAAGAAACAGGAUCUACCCCAGAACAACCAACAACAAUACUUACAACUACAUCCCUCGCUGCUCACGGCACUGCACCAGGAUUAGGCCCCUACUCCCUCGCAAAGCUAGCUCUCACGAAACUCACAGCCUACGUCGCCUCGGAGAAUCCCUCCAUCACCUCCAUUAGUCUCGAUCCAGGAAUCGUACCAACGGAUAUGGGUCACACUGUACCCUAUUUGGCACCCUACAUGCUCGAUACACCGGAGCUAGUGGGAGGUACUGCGGUGUGGGCAUCGAGCGGAGACAAGAACUUCCUAUCAGGGAGAUAUGUCUCUGCGAAUUGGGAUGUUAAGGAGAUUGAGAUGCGGAAGAGGGAGAUUGUGGACGGGGAUCAGUUGAAAUUCAAAGUGAAGGCGAAUUUUGCGACAAAUGCGACUGUUCAAAGAUCCUAG